GGCUACGGUGAGGCUGGAGUAGGAGAGAUUACUAGAAUUGUACUUGAUUUGACCGAUAUUGUAUACGACUAAACGCAAUUGAAGGGCUACAUAAACUGAACUCUUCUUUUUGGAUUUUCGCUAACGGAUUGUGUUUCUCAUUUUAAAUGGAUUUUAAUCGUAAUCACCCUGGCUGUCCUUAUGUUAGAGAAGUGUUUUUCCAACAAGCGAAAGGUAUCGGGAACUAGAUCUUGGCAUGCAACUGUCCCGAUGAAACCCCCUCUGAUGUCAGAGUACGGGAUCCGAGUCGGCUCGGGAAAACUGGAUUAAUUUGUCUAGUUGAACCUCUGGAGCGACAGACCUAUGCGAUGCCUCCACAGGGUGUAGGAGAAUACAAAUCUGUUUCUGCAUCGGACGCGCCCCCGGUCCCCCCACGGCGGGUUCGGAGUAGAGAUCAGCCCAGGGGCGCGAGGUGUCGGUCGGGGUCUGCAGCAGAGCGUAAAGUUAAGUGUGUCCUAGUCGGUGAUGGAGCCGUGGGAAAAACGAGCCUUGUCGUUAGCUAUACAACAAAUGGAUAUCCAACGGAAUAUGUGCCUACUGCUUUCGAUAACUUUGCAGCGGUUGUGGCAGUUGAUGGGAAGCCAGUGAGACUCCAACUCUGUGACACAGCUGGACAGGAUGAGUUUGAUAAGCUCCGCCCACUCUGCUACACCAAUGCUGACGUCUUCCUGCUGUGCUUCAGCGUGGUUAGUCCCGCCUCCUUCCAGAACGUGGCGGAGAAGUGGGUCCCGGAGGUCCGACGGCACCGCCCGCGCGUGCCCAUGGUGCUGGUGGGCACGCAGUCGGACCUGCGGCAGGACGUUAAGGUCCUCAUCGAACUCGCCAAAUACCGGGAGAGACCCGUGGACCCAGCAGACGCUCAGUUCUGUGCUCAGGACAUCGGGGCGGUCUCUUACGUGGAGUGUUCAUCGCUGACCCAGAAGAACCUGAAGGAGGUGUUCGACGUGGCCAUUCUGGCGAGCAUCCAGCACGGCGACAGCCAGCAGCCGAAGAAGAGGACUCCCCAAAAAAUGAGGAAGCUCUCCGAGUCCUGGUGGAAAAAGUACUGCUGCCUCGCUUAGCCCUCAGUGAAGAUUUCCUGCAACCUCACCUGUGCUGAGACUAGCCUGUACUGAGACCCAUCUCUGCUGAUAUCUCACUUGCUGUGAAUAGCAGGAGUUAGAAUAGGAGGUGCCCAUGUAGGAGAAGGGUGAUGUGGAUGUGCCACAGUGAUAGGGUAUGCCUCAUGAUCCUCCAUGAACAGCAAACCUCUCCACAUUUGCCAAUGAACAGAAUGUUUGAACUAUGUUGGUUGAACUCUCUGAGAAAUUGUUGUUGCUGUUGUUGACCUGGUUGUUUGACCUGAACUUUAAUUUGGACCACUGUGGGAGUUCCUACAGCUAGUGUGAGAAACAGCAUAAUAUUAGACAUAAGAUUUGUAACGAACUGUGACUGAGCAUCUUCAAGAGAUUGGGAGAUCCUCAGCUAAAAUUAGUGCCUAAUUUGAUACAAUUUCAGAAGUAGUCUAGUCAGAAGUUGACAAGAAUAUUUUUUAAUUUUCUGUACUACCGUCAGCUGUAUAUGGUUUCAAUGUGAAGUUCGCAAACUGAUGAAGCCAUGGUGGUCUACAGCAUUUCGUUGUUGUUGCUCCUUGUUGAUGUUCUCUCUGUUCUUCCAGACAGUUUUUUCUCAUGGUCCUUUGACUUAACCGGUCUUGGAUAUCACCAGAGUGUCAUAUGUGUGUACUUCUUAAUCUUCCACCUUAUCAUUUCUAUUGAAAAGGUAAUUUUCCAAAUCAGAUAACAACUGUGGUCUCAUAUGCUCAUACUCUGUGGUCAUAAGGGUUAGAACACAUGCACAAGCUCCUUCCCCUGUGACUCUCCCUAACUGAAUUCCAUAUAUCACCAGCACAUAAGUCAACUUAAAUGUAUGUUUGUUGAAGUAAAAUUCAAUUGUAUAACAGCAAUCCUUUAUUGGGGGAUUGUACAGUAUCUGAGCCAGUUAGUUCUGUAUGAAGCUUAUUUGAAAAGAUGUUUGGGUUAGGGCACAGGUACAAAAUAAUGACAGCUUUCAUCAUCAUCAUUCACGAUGGCAUUUUAUACAGAAGAUUAAGAAAAAUAUGGAGCAAUAUAUUUUUAUAACUUAUCUGUUAUUCACAGGGGCACUUACAUUUUCUUAAAGUAAGUUAUUUCAAAAAGACAUGCUAAUCUCCAUGGCGCUUUUUCCUGAAUACAUGAAAAAUAAUUGUACUGUUUACAAGAACUGCAUGGGCAUGUGAUAUGGGUCAAUCAGCACAGCGCAUAAGAGACCUUCCAUGGGAGGGCCUGUGAAUUGACCAGCUGAUUGCUCUCUGAAAGUGACAGCAGCACUCAGUCAGUGGCAUGGAGCCCAUAUGCAGGGUGCUAGCACCACUGGACUGCUGUCUGCUUCAGGGAAAUUCUUCUGCACCCUGUAGAGAAAUCGCAUGUCUUCUACAAUGUGACAUUCUCAGAGCAGGGGACAUUUCUUCCUAUGUGCCUUUGCAACAAGAACCAAUUCCACCCUGACCCUGAAACAUACUGUAUUGUUUUCCUCGGUUUGAGCUUACAGCUCAUUCCCGGAAAAGGCUGAAGUUAAAGGAUCCACAUUCAGGAGCCAGUGGGGAAUAUGAGACUGGAAUAACAACCUGCACUGACUUACAGGCCAGAACACCGAGCCGCCUGUACUAUGUUACUCCUGUGAAAAUAAAUGUUUGUAUCUGUGCUAGCUGUGCCUGUCCAAAAGUGCCAUGUAUUUUCUUAACCUGCAAAACCAUCCCUAAAAAACAAUACAAGUAGAAGUUCACAAAAUAAAUGGGUCAACAUUUCUACUGA